GCAAGUGUAGACAAACCUAGGAAGUCCCAGCUAUCCCAGCCCAUCAGGUUCGAGAGUGAAAGAUGAAUUCGCGUGGAGUGAACUACUGGGCCUGCUUGGCACUGGCCGUCAUCGGUGUACAGUGUGUGGCUGCGCAAAACAAUCCCUGGCGGCGUCAGAACGACAGCUUCGCCACCGAAUCGGCCAGCGAUCGGAGCCAACGUCUUGGCCUGACCACAGGUUACGGUGGUGUGAAUGGCUACGGCUACUCCGGGACCGGGAUCGGUUCCUACACUCCGCUCAAGAUCGACCUGGGCGGCGUCGUGCUGGGGACACUGGUCGGAAUCGGUGCACUGUUGCUGCUACCGAAGCUGGUGAACGUGAUCGGUGGUGGAUACGGAGGCAGUGGCCACUACCGCAGCGCCGACAGCGAUCCGACCGGAAUCUCGGACCUGAUGAACAAGGUCGACGACUAUCUGGCCCAGAACAACAUCGAUUCGGGUGCGUGCAUGCAGAAGGGUGUCUGCAGCUACCUCCGCUCCUCGGAGUACCACGCGCAGGUCGGAACGGCCGAUCAGGUGGAGCACAUGAUUCUGGCGCUGUCCGAGAACUCCAUCGUCGACUACAUGCUCGACGGUACGGCCAUCAAGGAGGCGAUCAAGAAUGGCAAGAUGCAAACGGCUCGAACCUGUGACGAAAUGUACCCGUCCUGUCCGCUCGAUCGUCAGUCGACUUUGAAGCUGUUCAAGAAGAUGUUCCCCAUCGGGAACUAAGCGCGAACGGGGUGAGCGCCUUUCGCCCAAGUUUCGCCCUGCAUUCGGCGGACCCUUGAAGGUUACCAAGUGGUUUUGGCUCUAUUUAUAAACAACCUUCAACCAAACGCUGGUGCCGCAGGAUGAGCGCAACGAAAGCUGGAAACUAUGCACCAGCGACGACGGACCUUCGAAUGCAGGCGACGAACGAAGCAAGGGGUCAAGCAAGCAAUCCACGCCACGAUGUGUUCUGACGCGUGACCGUGACGACUACACACAUUACAUUGGAAACAAGGAUGAGCAAAAGCAAAUAAUCGGACGCAACCGGCAGACCUGUAGUUAAGCAAAUACGA